AAAUUCGAAUCCUCGUUUUAAAAAGUUUCAACUUUUACAAGUGUGAAUGGAGCGUAUUAAUAAAAUCUAAUGAUGCUUACAAACUUUAAAGAAACGAGUCACUUAUACGCGAUCCGUGUACGGUUUAUAAUUAUGGUCCAAAAAAUAAAUUAAAAUUUUUUAUCUAGGUUUUUAUUUUUAUUUAAGGUUAUACCGCGAAUUUGUUCGUUUUUCCCCUUUGUUAUUGUUGUUAUUCAUCACUAUCGAAAAUAUCGACUAUUCGAGUAUUUAAGUAUCGUCGCAAUAAUUAUUGUCGUCAGUGUCGGUUUGUCACUUGUCGAUCGCUCGUUCAUUAAUCAUUAUCGGUUUAUAUAGUGUUUUUAUUUAUUCAUUAUUGUGUGUAACUGUUAAAUUGUAUUAUUGUAACCAAAACGACAUACUAUACCGAUUUUAAAUUACCAACACCUUCGUCUGGAUGGUCGUCUAUGUUUUCAUGAUCAGAUGCGAAUGAACGAUGCUGUUGUUGAAUAUCAUCCAUCGAAAUAAAGACGAGUGUUUCCUAUUAAUAUUGGCGCUUUUGCUUUAUUAUGUGAUGAUAUUCUUAGAAGAAACUGAGAAACUUCGUUGAGAAGUAAAAAAAAAUAAGCUUUAUUGGUAUUAGACUAAGCAAGAACUCAUAAAUUAUGACUGUAGUAAAAAAAAAAAAUGAUCACUUGUAAACAAACUAAUUAAGUUUAGUUUUAUCAAAAUAUUAACAGCCAAGUGACUAGCCCUUUUGUCCUUCAGUCAAAACAGCAUUCGAUAUUAUGUACAUAAUGUGGUCAUUUGUAAAAGAAUAGAAAUGUUCCGGUACUUUUAGAUCCGAUUAGUGGAGCACACACUCAAAAUAUUGAACGUUUAUGGCGAUCGACUAUAGAACAGAAUAAAAAACACUCGGGAACUCAUCGGUCUAUGUUUCCUACAUAGGUGAAUUUUUGUGUAAUCAAAAAAACGAUUUCUACAUUAAUUAUUCAAAGAUGUUUGUUGAAGAUUUAGUCAAAGGAUUUUAUGACAUAAUUUCAAAAAACAAAAUUUUGAUUUUGGUGAACUAUGAUGUGGAUGCAAUUUGUGCUGUGAAAAUACUUCAGUGCAUAUUACGUUUUGACAAUAUAGUUUAUGUGCUUGUACCGGUAAAAACUGUUUCAGAGUUAAAAAAAGCUUUUGAAGAGCAAAAAGUCGAUGUAAAGUAUGUUGUGUUAAUCAAUUGUGGCGGUACAUUAGAUAUAAUAGAAAUAUUAGAACCAGAGGAAAAUAUUACUUUUUUUGUUGUUGACAGUCAUAGACCUACAGAUAUAUGUAACAUUUAUAGUAGUUCUCAGGUUAGAGUACUGACCCCUCCUGAUGAUGAAGAAAAAAUUCCUGAUUUUGAAGACAUUUUUAAUGAGAAUGAAUCAUCAGACGAAGAUGUCGAUUCCGAUGAACUGGAUGAAGAAGAAUCUGAUAUUGUUAAUGUCAAUAGCGUUGAAGAACAACAAAACAAACGAAGAAAACUUGAUCAAACUACACUAGUUAAAAGAAGGGAAAGAAGAAGAUGGGAAGAAAAUAGAAAAAAAUUGUUAUUUGAUUAUACUCAAUUUUCAUACUAUGGGCGUUCGGCUGCAAUGUUAAUGUUUGAUCUUGCUUGGAAAUUACACAGAGAAUCUGUUGAUUUAUUGUGGUGGGGAAUUGUUGGUGUGACUGAACAGUACAUCUUGGGCAAGACAGAACGUAUGCGUUACCUCAGAGAAGUAGAAUUGAUAGCCGGUCACAUUGGUCGUAUUUGUGAUUCUACAGCUAUUAAUGAUGAUGAAGAUAAUAUGUCACAAUCUUCAAUGCCUAAACCCUCAAACACUUCUACACAUGUUCGAAUUGAAUCCGAAAAAGAUCUACUAUUGGCUCUAUACAGACAUUGGACAAUUGAAUGCAGUCUUCGAUAUUCAAUGUUUACAGCAGUAUCUUUGAAACUUUGGACGAUUAAAGGGGAAAAAAGACUAAAACAAAUAUUAGCAGAAAUGGGGUUACCUCUAGCUGAAAGUCGUCAAAUGUACCAUUCAAUGGAUUUAAGUUUACGUAAACAAUUUUAUGGUAUGAUGGAAAAAAUUUCCAAUACCCAUAAUUUAUUACAAAUGACUUAUCCUUCGUUUAUGCUACAUCAAGGAUUUAAAACGAGGUAUCAAUGUGCUGACUAUGUUUAUUCAAUGGUUGCUACAUUAGAAACCAAUUCUCGUGAAAGUUCCCCUACACAGUGUUUUUAUAACACAAUGGAUUCGUUGUCCAGAUCAAAAAAAGAUUUUUUAGACCAAGGAAUAGAAAAAGCCAAGUGGAUAUUGUCCAACAUGUUUAGGCAUGUCCAGGCAGCAUUGGACAUGAGACAAGUCAUAUUAGCUGGCCCAUUUUACUAUUUAAUUGUACAAGAGGGUACAUUGCAUUCUCAGCACUAUUCCAAUCCACACUGCUUAAUUAUGUUAGCAUCAUUUGCGUUAAGAGCACAAGUAGCGUCCUCAAGAAAAAUCAAAGCUACUCGUUUGCCAUUAAUUGCUUCAGCAACUCUUGAUUCAGAUCAAGAUACAUGUCUAGUAGUUGGUAUCCCUCCUAUCACCGAGUCAAUGCCUAGAAGUUUUUUUGGAAAAGCAUUCGAACAAGUUUCCAACAAAACGAAUAUUGAAGUUUCAUUGGAUUACUUCGAUUCGUCUAUUGCAAAAAUGCAAACUAAAGAUCGACCAAAGUUUUUUGAUGCCCUGACAGCGUUACUUAGUUGACAUUUGACAAGUAAUGUGUAUUUUAUUAAGUAUUAAUUGUUUAAAUUUGACAUAAUGUAAAUUAGUAAAAUAUGUUUUUUAAUUAUAAGCACAAUAACAUUUUUUUUUUUUUUAUAUAUGAAAGUUGUUUAUUUCAUUAAAUAAAAUAUUAAAAUAAGUA